AUAGCUACUAUCCAGUGCCCAUUUACAAGGGAAAAUUUUUUUGAACUCAGUGUAACGUAACAGCUGUGUAAAUGUUUAGAAUCGUUUGAUAACACUUGGGAUCUGCAGGGAACUCGAAUAAAGAGUUCAGGUUUGGGGCGGAGUUAACUGAAGACUACUAGAAGUCAGAUUAUGUUCACUCAGUUAUAAACCUCAUUGGUCUCAAUGGGGGUUAAUGAGGUUUUUGGGACUGCAACGUUAACAGUUCGCUCUGUGUAUGUCUCACUGAAUUCGAAGGAUCAGAGCCUUAAGGGGAAACGGGAGGAUUACCUUACUGAAGGACAGGCUCCCCUCUUUCAUUUAGGCUGAGGUUUAUGGACUUGUGCAUGAUGAAUUGCGAACUCUUGGCGACAUGCAGUGCCCUUGGCUUCUUGGAGGGGGACACCUACCACAAAGAGCCGGAUUGCUUAGAGAGCGUGAAGGACUUGAUCCGCUACCUGCGUCAUGAAGAUGAGACUCGGGAUAUUCGGCAACAGCUGGGGGCAGCUCACAUUUUACAGAAUGACCUGAUCCCUAUCAUUGUCCAAUACCCUCAAGAUAAGCAGCUCUUUGAUGCUGUUAUCAGGCUAAUGGUAAAUCUAACCCAGCCAGCUGUCCUCUGCUUUGGCAAACUCCCCCAAGAUGCCAGUUUCUGCCACCACUACCUGCAAAUUGUCUCUUAUCUGCAGGCUUACAAAGAAGCAUUUGCCAAUGAGAAGAUCUUUGGGGUGCUGAGUGAGAAGCUAUAUGACCUGCUGCAGCUGGACUGGGAACAGCGUCAGGAGGAGGAUAACCUGUUAACUGAGCGGAUCCUGCUUCUGGUACGCAAUGUGCUGCAUAUCCCAGCUGAUCCUGAUGAGGAGAAGAAAGUUGACGAUGAUGCCAACACCCAUGACCGGGUGCUAUGGGCCAUACACAUAAGUGGCAUGGAUGACCUGCUCAAAUUCUUGGCCAGUUCCCAAAGUGAGCAGCAGUGGAGCCUGCAUGUGCUGGAGAUCAUCUCCCUUAUGUUUCAGAACCAGAACCCGGAGCAACUGGCAGCCACAGGGCAGGCCCGCUUGGCCAAGGAACGGGGCACAGAUAUGGCAGAGUUGGAGGCCCUGAGGCAGAAGGAACUGGCUGAGAAGAAGAGCCGUAUACUCCAGCGGAGCAGCAGGCACUCUCGCUUUGGUGGCUGCUACGUCAUCCAGGGCUUGAAGUCUAUCGGAGACAGAGAUGUUGUGAUGCACAAGGGGCUACACAAUGUGAAGAACUAUAGCCAUGAUCUGGGCAAGGAUGUACGGCGGGUGCCAAAGAGGCGACAACUUGCCCGUGACGGGGAGGGCACCCCUCGCCGCUCGGCCCUCAAUGUGCGGCUUUUCCUCAAGGAGUUCUGUGUGGAGUUUUUGGAGAACUGUUACAAUCGCCUCAUGUAUCUGGUCAAGGAUCACCUGAUCAGAGAGAAGGCCCAGCAGCAUGAUGAGACAUACUACCUGUGGGCCAUGACCUUUUUCAUGGCCUUCAACCGGGCUUCCUCUUUCCAGCCACAGCUGGUUUCUGAGACUGUUAGCGUUCGUACUUUCCACUUCAUCGAGCAGAGUCUGACCAACUACUAUGAAAUGUUACUCAUGGAUAAGAAGGAGGCCACAUCUUGGUCUAGAAGGAUGCAUCUGGCUCUUAAGGCCUAUCAAGAGUUGCUGAUGACUGUGCAUGAAAUGGACCACUCGCAAGAAGAAGCUGUGCGCAACAGCAGCCACAUCCUAAAGAACAACGUUUUCUACUUGAUGGAGUAUCGUGACCUGUUCCUCACCCUCUUCCGUAAGUUUGAUGAGACAAAGCAGCCCAGGUCAUUCCUCAAAGAUCUGGUGGAGACCGCUCACCUUUUCUUGAAGAUGCUGGAGAGAUUUUGCAAAGGGAGGAACAACCUAGUGGUCCAGAGCAAGAAAUUCAAGAGGAGGAAGAAGCCCCAGGCUCACCCUCCUGGCUCAGAUGCGCAGCCCCCAGCUCCUGAAGAGUUGGAGAAGAUGUGGCCUGGGCUGGCUGAACACAUCGCUAAAUGCAUUAAAGGUUCCAAACCUCUUCUGGAGGAUGUUGUUCCCUUUGAUGCUGCUUCAGAAAUCCCACUGGAGGAGCAGCGAGCUGAAGCCAUGAUUCGGAUUCAAGACAGCCUGCUGGCUGGCCAGGCACAUGAAGCCCUGUCCCUUUUGCGUUCGGCAAGGGAAGUUUGGCCAGAAGGGGAUAUUUUUGGAUCAUCCUCCCUUGGUCCAGAUGAAGAGACUGAGCUGCUGAGACAAAUCUUCUUUACCAACCUCCCUCGACAAUCAACCCCACAGACAGAUGAAGCUGAGGAGGCAACUGAGGAAGAAGAGGUUGUUGAAGAAGAGUUGGCAUCUGUACAGGUAUCCGAAAAGGAGUUCACUUUCCUGGAUUAUGUGAAGCGGUUUGCUAGUGCUAACAUAGUCAAGGCCUACGUCCUGCUCCUCAAGAACUACCAGCAGAACAGUACCCACACUAACCACUGUGUGGUAAAGAUGUUACACCGCGUUGCACAUGACCUCAAGAUGGAGGCUCUGCUCUUUCAGCUUUCCAUCUUCUGCCUCUUCAACCGGCUCUUCAGUGACCCUGCGGCUAGAGCUUACAAGGAGCUGGUGACCUUUGCCAAAUACAUUGUGGGCAAGUUUUUUGUUCUAGCAUCCACCAACAAGAAGGCCUACAUGGAACUGUUGUUCUGGAAAAGCACGGCUGCAGUACGGGAGAUGACUGAAGGCUACACCUUGGUGCGGGAAGAUGAAAGCUCUGACGCUCACAAGACCUCCCUGUGGACUGAGGAAGAGGAGGAGGAGCUGAGGGAACUUUACUACAAGUACAAGGAAGUGGAAGAUGAAGACAUCCUUAACAACAUCGUGGCACACCUGAGCACUCGGAACCGGACCCGUAAGCAGGUGGCCAAGCGGCUGGUGCACUUGGGGCUGGCAAACAGCAUGCGGGACUUCCCCCGGGAGCGGAAGGGGACCCGCAUUGUACUGUGGACAGAGGAUCAGGAGGCGGAGCUUCGGCGGCUCUUUGAGGAGUUCCAGGGCACUGAUGAUAUCCUGACCAAUGUGAUGAGGCAUAUCACAGCUAGGCGCUCCAAGGCCCGCAUUAUUGAAAAGCUGCUCAGCAUGGGGCUAGUCUCUGACCGUAAGGAGCUCUACAAGAAGCGCAAGCACAAGCCUGGCUCCCUGGGCAUGAACAAAGACACGUUCCCCAAGGACUUUGUGGCCUCUGACCUGGAUGAGGAUGAUGUUGAGGAAGGGGAGGAAGAGGAGGACUUGGACAGUGAGAAAGAAGAGGAGCCAAUCUGGAACUAUGGCGAGCAUGACGUGGGUAACAGGUCCCUGGAUGGCAGGUGGGCUAACAAGAAGUGGGGAGCUGCAUCAGAUAAAGACUGGCAGGAACUUGUACAAAGCCUGAGGCAGGAAGGUUUGUCUGGCCCCCUGCUGUGGCUCCAGAACUGCUUGAACCGAACAGCUGCUGACCGAGAAGAGGAUGGAUGCACCCAGCCAGUGCCAUUGGUGCCACUGUCUGAAGAGAAUGAAGAUGCCAUGGAGCACAGGAAUUUCCAGAAGUUUCUUCGGAAAGUAGGGAUUCGAGCCCCAGCCAGUGAACAGGAAUCUUUCUGGCGCAUCCCAGCCAAACUCAGCCCAGAGCAACUGCGACGAGUGGCUGCCUCCAUUGCCCCACCAGAGCUGGAAGGAGAGACCAAAGAACAAGCAGCUGCAGAAGGUCAUCUCAGUACAGAAGAGCCAAGAUGCCCGAUGGCAGAAAAAGAGGAACCCAUCCGGCUCCCUCUAGGACCCAAGCGGAGCCGCUUGAUCAUUGAUGGAGAGGAGGAUGAGGAAAACAACAGCCAAGGUUCCAGUGAUGAGGAUGGGCCGCGUCCUGCUGGGAAGAGGAAGCGCCUGCGUAUUGAGGAGGAGGAAGAAGAUUGAUGGAGUUGGCCUGAACUGAAUCCGUGAGGCCAGCUACCCACCUUCAGCUCAGGGGUUGCAAGCCACCUCAGACAGAGGGAUCCUGGAUGGACCACACUGGAAAGAAUCCCAUAACCUCAGUGCACACCACUUCUUAGUUUUUUGGAAGGGGAUGCAGAGAGAUUGAACACGGGGGAAAAGACUGAUAGAGAAUGGUUGUGGGAUCUGUGGAGGAGAGGGGGGGGAAAUGGGCUUGAUGCUCUGCUCUGUUACAAGAUGCAACAGAAGUUGAAACAGGUACAGGAAGAAAUUUCCCUUUAAACUGUUCCAUGUUUGUUCAUAACUGUUUGUAUCUUAUGACACCUGUAAGUUAGAACAUUGUUUUGAAUGAUGUCUGUUGUGAGAGCCAGUGAAAGCCAUCCUCGCAGACAGGAUUGCCAGGCAGCAAUGGGGCACGCUGGUUCUUCAACUCUUAAGGCUACUUAGUUUGUGGAUCUGCCUCAGUUCCCUCUUCCAUCUGAAUCUAGCUAAAGCCUCAUGAAUCCCUUGCUUGGUCACAUGUUGCCUUAAAAUACCUGCACACACCUUUCUGUCUCCACGGUUCCCAUUGCAUCUUGCUCUACCCUUGACAUUCCUCCUUAAAAAAUGGGUCCCGGUACUGCAAUUGCACAGUCUCAUUCAGAGUUGGGUGUCGAGAGUUGAAUUGUGACUGGGGGGAACAGGAUGGGGAGGGGAAUUCAGAAGCUGAAGCAUCUUAGAGAAGGUGGAUUCCAGUGCAGACUAUUGCACCCAGAUGCUGCUUGCCCUCCCCCCCCCCGGCAAUAUGCCUCCCUGGCCAGUUGCUUGAGCAGUUUUCUGUUGGGUUGCCAUUACAGUUAUUGACUUCAUUGCUUGGGCUGUUCCAGGCAGAGGCUAGGCCAGAGAAGUGUAAGGAUCGUCUCUUGCUUGACUAUUCAGGGAUCUCACACCAUUGUCAGCAGGGUAAUAAUGUGCUAACACUUCUGUGUUCUCUCUCUGUGUUGUACUUUGUUCAUAUUUAAAAAACAAAAUGCCCCCUGGUUAAAGAAAUAAAAUGUCUUGAAGGUU